GCUGCUAGCUUGGAACUCGGAGUAUCUGUUUUCCUUCCGCUGGCGCGCUUUGUUCGCUCAGAGACUCGAGGUGCGCAGAAAGGAGGAACAUGGCCGCCAUGCAGCUGCUGCGGGAGUCUGUACACGACCGGAUCAGCGCUGCCGCGGAAGACUUCCUGAUGCAGGUGGAGAAAGGAGGAGGAACGGCUCAAGUCCCGGCACUGAGAGCGAUGCUAACCGAGCGGCUAAUGGCGGGGGCUGAGGAGAUCCUCGCGGGGCUCGGGGAAACCUUGGCCGAGUACGAAGACCUAGUGGAGCAGUCCGAGCGGGAGAUCUGUCGCCAGAGGAGGCUGCUCGAUGCCGUGAUGCAGCCCGUAGUCCGGCUGCACAGAGCAGUGUGUCCUGCAGACGUCCAACAACUAAUGGUGAUUAAAGAAGAGGUUACCCCUGAGCAGCAGCAGUGGAGCCCCCUUGUGGUCAAGGAGGACCCAGAGCCCCCCAACAUUAAAGAAGAAAAGGAGGAAUCAUGGACCAAUUGGGAUGGACAGCAGCUUCAAGCACUGGAGGAGGCUGAUAUCAAGUUCACAUUGACUCCUAUCGCUGUGAAGAGUGAAGAAGAUGAAGAGGAACUUAAAUCGUCAAAGCUUCAUCCGAGUGAGACGACAGAGAACAGAGUGAACCUAAGGGGCAAUCUAGAGAAAGAGAAACCAUUUAGUUGUUCUGAGUGUGGCAUAAGCUUUCACCAAAAGGGCCUUCUAAAAACACAUAUGAGGCGUCAUACAGGAGAGAAGCCAUUUAGUUGCUCUGAGUGUGGUAGAAGAUUUACCACAAAUGGCAGUCUAACUACACAUAUGAGGCGUCAUACAGGAGAGAAGCCAUUUAGUUGCUCUGAGUGUGCUAAAAGAUUUUACACAAAGAGCUGUCUAACUACACAUAUGAGGCUUCAUACAGGAGAAAAGCCAUUUAGUUGUUCUGAGUGUUGUAAAAGAUUUCACAAAAGGAGCAAUCUAAUAAUACAUAUGAGGAGUCAUACAGGAGAGAAACCAUUUAGUUGCUUAGAGUGUGGUAAAAGAUUUUACACAAAGGGCAGUCUAACUACACAUACGAAACUUCAUACAGAAGAGAACCCAUUUCGUUGUGCUGAGUGUGGUGAAAGAUUUAACCAAAAGGACUGUCUAACUACACAUAUCAGGAAUCAUACAGGAGAGAAGCCAUUUAGUUGCUCUGAGUGUGGUAAAGGAUUUUACAGAAAGGGCCAUCUAAAUACACAUAUGAGGAGUCAUACAGGAGAGAAGCCGUUUAGUUGUUCUGAGUGUGGUGAAAUAUUUAGCCAGAAGAGCAAUCUAAAUAGUCAUAUGAGGCGUCAUACAGAACAGAAUGCAUUUAGUUGCUCUUAGUGUGGUAAAAUAUUUAACCUAAGGCUAAAUAAACAUAUGAGGAGUCAUUAGGGUUGCAAAUUCCGGGAAUAUUCAAAGUUGGAAACUUUCCAUGGGAAUUAAUGGAACUUUUUUGGGUAAUUUAUACUAACUGUAUUUACCUUGUCAUAUACAGACAUAAAUAUAAACAUUUUGUUUUGUCAUAAGCUGAUUUGAGCCCUGAAAAAACUUUGGGCACUUGAUUAUAUGCUUCUACAUCUUUGUUGCUUUCUUAACAUAGGUCUUUGAACAGUAUUUGCAAAUGUACACAGCCUUUCCUUUUACAUUGGCUGGGGUGAAAUGUCUCUCAGUUCACGUGGCAUUGUUCUGUAGAAUAAGAUGAGAAAAAAGCUUGUAAAAAACACUAAUGCAAUGCCAGAGAUAUAAAUAGUUAGCUAAACAAUUGGAAUUGUCUUUAAAAAUAUUUUACAAUUGCACAAGAGUUGAGGAUUCAUAAAGGAGAGAAAUUAUUCAGUUGCAACCUUUGUAAUAAAAGAUUUUUUUAGGAUUUAUCCGCAGAUAUUCAUAUUAUACAAAUUCAUAGUUCACUGUUUUAAGUAGACUAUAAACAGUUUUUAUGUCCCUAGAAAAUAUAACUCAUUGAAUAACAUCGAAAGAUUUGUGUUUAUAUAUCUUGUUUCAACUGAUUUCUACAUAAUUCAUCUAUUUUUUCAUAAUGUCAUUUUAAGGUUAAAGUGUGUUCCUUGCACUGUAUGAAUGUGUGUUCUUACCUAGUUCAUAUGAUUAAAUAUGUUAGUUUUAAAACAAUGGUUUCUUGGUUCGUGAGAUUCAAUGACAGUGUGUGUUUCCUUUAUGUAUUGAAUGUGUUUCCAAGAAUAAAAGUCUAAUAAAA